AUGGGUUCGAAAUCAAAGCCUCUCAGACUAGAAAAGAAGCCAAAGCGUCAAGACAGUGUUAAAGAUAGGAUCAGUGAGUUACCAGAUGCAAUUCUUUGUCACAUACUUUCCUUCAUUCCAACAAAAUAUGCUGUGAGAACAAGCAUUCUGUCUACAAGAUGGAAGAGGAUAUGGGCUUCUGUUCCCAUUCUAGACUUCGAAUAUAAAGCUUUGUCUGUUUUGUGUCCGUGGACAGAGGGAUAUAAGUCUGAGUCCUAUGCUCUCUUUUUAACUUUUGUUGAUCGUGUUCUUUCCUCCCGUGACCGGUUAGAUAUUCAAAAAUUUCGUCUUCAUUGUUACUGCAGCGAUGAGGAUUUCUCUCGUUGGAUUCGAACCAUCAUUAGGCAUAAUGUUGUUGAACUUGAUCUUCAUGUCGAAAUAAAUAAUCAUGAAGGUGGCCUGAUUUUGGAGUUGCCUCAAUGCGUUUUCAUGUGCAAAACACUGGAGGUUUUGAAGAUGAAGUCAAAUUGUAUUGCAUAUGCUCCUCCUACAUCAGGGUGUUUUCCAAGUCUCAAGUUCCUACAUGUCAGUGUUGAUUAUCCUGAUAAUGACUCAAUGGAAAAGAUUUUUUCUUGCUGCCCUGUUCUUGAAUGUUUGACUAUAGAUGGACUUCUUGGAUUCAAUGAUGUUUUGAAUUUCAACAUCUCUGUGCCUCAACUAAAGACGUUGAGAUUGGAAUUCAACCUAAGCUGUUUUGGUCAAAAUAGUAAGCACACUUUUUUUAUAAAUUGCCCAAAGCUUGAAAGCCUUGAUAUCAAGCAGGAUAUUUUGUCAAAUUAUUCAUUCGAGAACGUAAUAUCUUUGGUCAAAGCAAAUGUCAAUCUCUGGUGCCAUUAUGUGCGUCACGAGCGUGCCUUUUCUAACGGAGCAACUGCGCUUCUGGCCUUAUUUUCCAAUGUGAAGUACCUGUCUCUUUCAGCUCAUUUUUUGGCGGGUGGCUGUCUGCCUGCAUUUGAUAAUUUGAGUGAAUUGAAGCUGGUUCUUCAUGAUUGCUAUGACUGGGAUUUGCUAACAGAGCUGCUCAAGACAUCACCUAAUCUGGAAUAUCUUGUCGUGGAACAUAAAGAAGACAUAUCAUGUUUUAAGGAUUACAUAAUGCACGAAAACUACUUGAAAUAUGUCUUAUACUCAGAGCAUCGAUGGAGAAAACCAGAAUCUGUGCCUGUUUGUCUGAUAUCACACCUCAAGACUAUCACCAUAAGGGGAUACAAGGGAUACCCGCAUGAGAAGAAAGUGGCUAAGUAUUUGUUAAAGAAGGGUCAAGUUUUGAGUAAGAUGACUAUUUGUAAUGGCUUAUCCAAAGAUUUUGCAAUGUCUCGAAGGGCUUCAAAGGCUUUUGUUAAUUCUAGAUUGAAUAUGGGUUCUGGAAAAUUGUUGUCUUUUCUGGUUCUGGACAUAAACAUGGGUUCGAAAUCAAAGCAUCUCAGACUAAAAAAGAAGUCAAAGCGUGAAGAAAUUGUUAAAGAUAGGAUUAGUGAGUUGCCUGAUUCAAUUCUUUGUCACAUGCUUUCCUUCAUUCCAACAAAAUAUGCUGUGAGGACCAGCAUUCUGUCUACAAGAUGGAAGAGCAUAUGGGUCUCUGUUCCCAAUCUAGACUUCGAAUAUAGAGAUGACUCUGUUUUGUUUGAAGAUGAAUAUGAUUCUAAGUCCCAUGCUAGAUUUUUCACUUUUGUUGAUCGUGUACUUUCCUGCCGUGACCCGUUAGAUGUUAAAAAAUGUCGUCUUCAUUGUGACUGCCGUGAAGAGGAUUUCUCUCGCAUUGAUGGUUGGAUUCGAACUGUCAUUAGGCAGAAUGUUGUUGAACUUGAUCUUGAUGUUAAAAUAGGACUUGAAGAAGGUACUGACCAGCAUUUGGAGUUGCCUCAAUGCGUUUUCAUGUGCAAAACACUGGUGGUUUUGAAGGUGAAUUCAAAUUGUAUUACAUACACUCCUCCUACAUCAGGGUGUUUUCCAAGUCUCAAGUUCCUACAUGUCAGUGUUGAGUAUCCUGAUAAUGACUCAAUGGAAAAGGUUUUUUCUUGCUGCCCUGUUCUUGAAUGUUUGACUAUAAAUGGACUGCUUGGAUUAGAUGAUGUUUUGAAUUUCAACAUCUCUGUGCCUGAACUAAGGAGGUUGAGACUGGAAUUGGAAUUGGAACUGGACCAUGUUUAUGUUGAAGAUAUUCAGCACACUUUUUUUGUAAAUUGCCCAAAGCUUGAAAGCCUUGAUAUUUAUCUAUUCGAGAACGUGAAAUCCUGGGUCAAAGCAAAUGUCGAUCUCGGGUACCAUUUUGUACAUCACCUGCAUGCCUGUGCAACUGCGCUUCUGGCCGGAUGUUCGAAUGUUAAGUACCUGUCUCUUUCAGCUCCUUUUUUGGAGGGUGGUUGUCUGCCUGCAUUUGAUAAUUUGAGCCAAUUGAAGCUGGUUCUUUAUGAUUGCUGUAACUGGGAUUUGCUAACAGAGUUGCUCAAGAGAUCACCUAAUCUGGAGUAUCUUGUUGUGGAACAUAAAGAAGUAAGAUGCACUUCCACUGAUGCUAAGUCAUACCAACGUGCAUCUCUUUACUAUUCUCAUUUCAUGCAUGUUUUGCAGUACCGGGGAUGUGCUGAGGAUUACGAGCACGAAAAGUGCACGAAACAUGUCUUAUACUCAGAAUCUGUGCCUGUUUGUCUGAAAUCACACCUGAAGACUAUCACCAUAAGGGGAUUCAAGGGAUGCCCGCAUGAGGAGAAAUUGGCUAAGUAUUUGUUAAAGAAUGGUCAAGUUUUGCGUAAGAUGACUAUUUAUAAUGACGUAGCCAAAGAAUUUUCAAUGUCUCAAAGGGCUUCAAAGGCUUGUCGAGUUGAAUUUAUCUGACUGUUUUAUUUUGCGAGUCCAAUAUUGGGUUUUAGAUGGAUUCUGUUAUCAAGGUUGUAAAUAAGAGAAACACCUUUGUUGAUCUUAAGAUACA